GCGGGAAGCUGCCAAUCCUUGUCGUAAACAAAAACAUACCAUUCUUUUUCUGUAGUGCUGAAGCUUCAGCUGCUUCACAGCACUUGCACCACAACACCACAGCUGCAGUGAACAAAUGUCCCACUGCAAAUGGUGCUAAUAGAAAAGAGUACAUAACUCAUCGCCAUUCAUAUUUCAGGGCGAUGAGCGAAUAUUAUUGGCGCGGGAGCCCCGAGAGCUCCCGGCGCAGGCGGCGGGAGAGACACGAACGCGACCAUGAGCAGGGGCAUGGUCAUCAACACUCCUACGAACGUUCCCACGACGCAACACCGCCUGCUGCCCCUCAGUACAUUCCAACCGGGUCCAUGCCGCAGACGCAUGAACGCGAUAAUGCCGACUCGAGCUCCAUGCUAUCCUCUUCCUCCACCUCCGAAUCUCUCCUAAACAUUUCAGCGCCCAAGUCGCGCGCCGCGGGCAUCCUCUCCUUCUUUACCUCUCCCGACCCAGCCGCACGCCGCCGAAAGUACCGCAAAAAGAAGAAGCGAUUGCUUGGCUUUGGCAACUCGAGUUCUUCUUCCCUCGAGGAGGCGCUUGCUUACGGUCGGGGUUAUGUCGACAAGGAGCGACGCGAGGCCGCCGAGGCCGCUGCCGCAGGGCGACCGUAUGCACAUUCCACACAAUAUAGUCAAAAUCCACAGCAAUUUUCACAGUCGCGGCAGCAGCAGCAAUAUGGCUCGCCACGAGAUCAAAGGUCGGCGGGGCCCCAUCGUGACAAGACGGACGAGGAAAUACAGGAAAUCGGGCGUCAACUCGCAAAGAUGGCCCGGGAUGGGAAUCGUGAAGACAUGGCCCGGAACGGCAGCCGCAGGGGCAUAUCAGGGUUGAUGGCUGGAGCUGCUGCAGCCACUGCUGUUGCGGGUUACCGACAUUCCAAAUCCUCGGACAAACGUGGUCGGGGCAUCGGCUCAUCGAGGCCACAGCAGCAUAGUGACUCUGGCGACGAGUCUGACUGGGAAACUUCAUCGGAGGAUGAAUACUCCAGUGAGGAUGUUGACCCGGGGCUAGCCUACGGAGCUUCCACCGUGGACUUCCCGAUGUCUAGACCGCCUCCCCCAGCCCAGAGACCCACAGAGAGUAGACCUAUGGCCGCAGACUCGCGCAAAAGUCAAGUCGUGGAUCCGCAAAGGUUUGGCCCUAUGAAUUCACUGCGGGGGCUUAUCAAUACCCCAUGCGGAUUUGACGACCCAGUCCAGAAGCAAAACAGAGAAUCCGAGCCAAGACAGGAUAGGCCAGUACCUUCAGUCGAAAGUGCCUCGUUUGAAGCCCGUCCCCUUCGUAAGGUAUAUCCUGUUCCGACGUCCGAUCCCGACAGGUUUGACAUAACGAGGGCUCAGUCAUCCAGCGGACCUCGCCCAGAACCUGUGCCUAUCCAAGCACCAAAACCAAUAGUGCCGAUUUCAUCACGCGUGUAUGAUGCACAGGAUUACGCGAGAUCUGAACCUCGUCCAGAGCGCGAGCUUCGCAAACGCAAUUCCGACUCAUCUUUUGCCAAUGUCGCCCUCGCCGGACUGGCAGGUGUUGUUGGCGUUGGAGCGGCCGCAAAACUGGCUUCCGAUUAUAGAGAGAAACGCGACGACCGUCGUGAGCGUGAGGAGCCUAGAGAGAACGAUGCACGACCAAAGCGGACUCGCAGCGAGAAAACCACGCGAGCCGAGGACGUCCCGGAUCAGGAGAAGAAGCGAGAUGACCGUCGUGAGCGUGACGAAUACAAAGAUGUGGAUACACGACCUAAACGGACUCGCAGCGAGAACACCACACGAGCUGACGAAGAACCUCGGACCCAGGACGGCGGUGCGUAUCACCGCGAUGGUGCACAUUUCCCCAAGAAUGAGCCUACCGCGACAAUGGAUGGUAGCAGGCGCCGGCAAGCUGAACUUGAGGAAAAAAUUCGACGACUCGAGGCAAGUCUGCGCGAACAGUCCAACAACCAGAACGCUCAGCCAGAGUCGCCAGAUCGUGAGCGCAAACGCCGCGAUAAAAAGCGUCGAUCCGUUGUUAUAGAGCAAGGCGACGAAGCACAUGCGUCGUCAAAGCCUCGUGACAAAGACAGAUACGAUGGUGAUGAGCCUAAGACCUCGAAGCGUAGUUCCAGGAACUUUGGAUCCGCAGUCGCAUCCUCUUCGAAAUCACCCGUAGAACCUCUGGACUCUAGGACAGCGGACGAUGAUUUCCCUGCCCCAAUGAGCCAAACUCCCAUUCGCCCUCUUACUCCCAUGAUUACUACGGUUGAGCGGGAGCCAGACUUUUCCAAGUUUAAUGCACGUGGCUAUGACCAGCCCAGAGGACCUCCCGUGGAUGCUCCCAGCGAGCGACUCAGCCGCUUGGAUUCUUUUGAAAGAGACGUUAACGAUGUGAACGACCUUGACAGCAAAGAUGCCCGUGAAGCCGCAGAACUCUCAACAGAUCCUCUUCCCGAGACAGUAAUCGCAGCAGCCGCCGCCGUGCUUGCACGGCAUGGGCACCGAGGCAAAGGUGUGCGCAAGUCGGAGCCCCAGCCGAAACGGUCGCGUUCAGAGGAGCGAGAUGCGGUCCAAGAGGAAGCAGAUCGACACUAUCGCCAGAGUGUGCUGGCGCGUAAGAUAGCAGAAGAUCAAAUCCGCUCUCGGAGUGCUUCUCCUGAUAAGUCGCCAGUGGAUGGGCAUGACGAAGACCCGGUAAUCCGCAUUGUCACGCCGCCGGAAAUGCACCGUCAUGAGAAGGGCAAAUUCGAGGCUCCGAACGCCGACGUUCGUAUCGAUAACAUCAUCGAACCCAAAGAUCUGGAGCAAUACCGCCUGCCUCGUGGCGCGCAUCUUGGAGACCCUUCGACCUUCCCUAUUUUCAAGUCCAGAGACCCUUCCGCCGAGCGCGAGCGACCAAUGCUCAACCUGGUUCGGCCAACUCCAGCCGUCUCACCGAUUCCUUCUCCUUCGCCGGAAGAACAGCAGUCUAGAGCACCCCCAAAGGCACCCGAGAAUGUAGUGUUCGAAGAGCCAAAAUCGCCCAAAUCAGCAUCUGAUGUGAUUAUAGGCCCGCGUGGUGAGAUCAUCGACGUCGAGCCGCGUGAGAAGUCAGUUUUGCCCGACGAGGGAAAACACAUUGACAAGACACCCAAGGCUUCCGAGUUAUCAUCUGGCAAGGAAAAGAAGAAGAAGAAGAAGGGCAGUGCUUGGGGUAGUGUUCUUGCCGGAAUCACAGGCGCAGGCGCAGCUACCGCUAUAGCUGCAGCUGCAGGCGAUUCAUCGAACACAACUCCUGCGCCAGAAGAACACGAUAGGCAGGAACGCGCCAUGCCUGGGGCUUUUGACAGCAGUGAAGUUCCGGCAGAGCGUGAUGACACAACAUCCAGAAGGUCACGGAAGGACAAGGGAAAACAACAGGUCUGGGACGAUGAACCGCCGUCUCCUGGACCGAAACCCGCAAGCCCCAGCUCAUCUCAAACCCAAGGUGCAUUUGCGGAUGACUUGGACUUCGCAGCCACCUUAGCAGCAGGCUUGCAAGAUAGCGGCUUUGACCCAAACAUUGUCAUUGAUGACCCUUUGUACAGGAGACGAGACUCGCCUCCGGGCAGCAGUGAACCUUUAGAAGAAUCAUACCGCACCUCGUUCUCCGAGGCUGUUCCGGACCUCGACGCGAACUUUACCAACCCAGUCGUACCUGGGUCAUCGUCUGGACCGAGCACCGUCAUUGAGAUUCCACGCUCCAAUCCUGUCUUUAAUCCCACCGAAACCGUGAAAGAUGCGCAGGAGGAGGAGAUCUCACGUUCCGACUCUGCCCCUGAUGCUACUGAAACCUUCAAGGAUGCACAUGAGGGGGACAUCCCACGAAAACUCAGCAAAAAGGAGCGACGAAGGUUGAAGGAAGCCCAGAAAAAGAAUCCUGACGAGACUCUUGUUCUCGAAAGAGAGGAUCCUUUGGUUGAAGCAGAAGAAAAGCCACUACCUCCUACCUUGGCAGAGGGCGAAUCAACAUUGGUUGAGAACACGGAUAUGCCUGCACAAAUCGAUUCCAGCUCCGCAGCAGAGCCAGAAGCACCCUCAGGAAAGAAGAAAAAGAAGGCCAAAAAGGCGGCGCAAGCUGCUUCUGCAUGGGACAUCGUUGAAGAGCCUUCCAAGGAUCCAGUGGAGAUUUCGCCAGCAGUCGUCGCUGAUAUCCUGAGAGACACUGUUGAUGAAGCACAUCUCGGCUCGCGUGAUCAAGCCGAAUAUAGAGCCGACGUAACGACCCCAAGCUAUGGUAGCGAAAUGCCGACCAUCAUUGCAAAGGACCCUUCACCACUCCAGGAAUCGGUCCCGCAUAAGUUGCUUGAAGACAGCGCUCCUACAUCCGACUACGCCACGCCUGCCCAGGAGGCGGAACCUGGAGUAUCACCUUAUGCUAGCACUCCAGCAGUCGAAGACACAAUGGAGGCAACCUCAUCUCAAAAGAAAAAGAAGAAGAGUAAAAAGGGGUCAGACAUCGAAACUGCCGCUGACCCAAUCGUCGAAACCACGCAACACGCAAGCAAUGAGGUAUCACGGGACAUUCUCGACGCCGCCGAUGCCACCGUUGAGGAAAGCUCUGCUCCACAGGACCCGAUCGCUGAACCACCGCUCGAAGAUUCGCUACCAGUUGUUGAGGAUGAGCCGGCGGUAUCUACGGGUAAGAAGAAGAAAAAGAAGUCCAAAAAGGCGGCGGAGGUGGACGCAGUGGAUGCCGGUGCUGCGCAUCCAAUAGACUUCGCCGAAGAAAUCCAUGAAAAAACUGUUCUUGCGGCAUCUACGGAAAUCAAUGAGGAUCCCCCCAAGGAAGCUUCUUCAGAGACGCCGAUAGAAGGCCCCGAAAAGGCUUUGGACGAAGCCCCUAAGGAAGCUACAUUGGAGAUGCCGAACGAGGGUUUCGAGAAGGCUUCAGAGCUAGCCUCUGAAGCGCAAUCAAAGGACGUUGUUGAGGCUCUUAAUGCGAAUGUCACCAGUAUGGAUGCAGCACAGGAUGCUGUUGCCGACGCCCCCAAGGAAAUUUUCAAUGAGAGAUCGCUGGAUCCUACAGAGACAACUGAUGCGUUUGGCGCCGACACAACUGCACAGGAACAAGACGCCCUUCCUGAUACUUUCCCCGCUGUGGCUAUAGACCAAGACACUCAGACGGGGUCAUCCUCCAAGAAGAAAAAGAAGAAGGGGAAGAAGAACACCGCUCUUGCUGAGGAAACCCAACCAUCGACGCCUGUCGAAGCGGCUCCACCCACAGAAGUGUCUGCGGCCCCUGCCGAUGAGAUUGCCAACCCUGCUAGUGAUACUAAGCAAACUACUUCCAGUGAACCAAAGGAGACCACCUCUACUGAGUCAAAGGAGGCCAGCUCUGGUGAGCCCAAGGAUGCAGUUUCGACUGAUACCAAGGAGCCAGAUCCCAUACUUAUCACGGAAACCAUCACAGAAGCUCUUCCUGACGAAUGGGCCAUGCCUGAGGUAACAUCAAAGAAAAAGGGCAAAAAGAGCAGAAAGGCUGUUGGGACACUGGAAGCAGAGCCAUCUCCAAUCAGUGAUUCUGGAACUGCCGCCCCCGAAGUGGCAGCGCAGGUGUCAAACGAAGUCACCGAACCUGUAGCUGAAGUUGACGUGGCUGAUAGAGGGAUCUCAUCGACGACGCCGGAGCUCAAACAGGCCGAGUCAUUUGAGGAUAGCAAGCCGACUGACACGCUCGCAACGGCUACUGAUGGCCCAGCCAGGGACAUUGUAGAGACUUCUGUACCCGGACCCGGCAUUGCUGAGGUUGUAAAUGAUGACUUGGCUGCGGGAUCGUCAAAGAAGAAAAGCAAGAAAAAGAAGAAGAACAAGUCGACCUCUUCUCCAGGAGAAGAUGAGAUGACCAACGCCGAGCCAUCACAAUCGGAAAUGGCUGCCCAGGAGACUUCUACACGUUCUGAACAGGAUGCCUUGGUCGCAAGAACCGAGCAGGACAAGCCCGAGGAUAAUAUAAAGCCCCAGGACCCCGGUACUGAACCUGAAGUAGAGACGCCGGCUGUAGAAGCUGGUCUGAACGGUCCUGCAGCAGAAACAUCCACGAAGGAAAAGAAGGGCAAAAAGUCGCCUCAGGAUAAUAGCACCGCGACUACAGAACCAUCGACACCCAUCGCUGUCGAGCAAGACAAGACACAGACAGAAACUUUCGAAGAUAACUGGGCAACACCUGCGUCGACAAAGGAGCCAAAGCAGGGCAAGAAAGACGACCCUUGGGCUUGGGCAGAGGAAACUCCAGGGUUGGAGUCGGCCCCUGCAUUUGAAAUCAAGCCUAAGGAUCAACCAGAGGCCAACAUCGAAGCUGAUUGGACCGUACCGUCUACCAAAAAGAAGGGCAAGAAGAACAAAAAGGCUGCUGUGGGCAAUGAUGACCACGAGGAGGUCACUAUGAACGAAGAAAAGUCUCUUGCAACUCUGGACAACGUCGAUAGCACCAAAGAUGGAGACGACAAGACUGUAGUUGAACAUGAUAUCCAGACAGUCGAGGCUGACUUGGGUGCAUCCAAGAAGUCCAAGAAGAAAUCCAGGAAAGGGGCCUUGGCUCUCGAAUCUCCCAAGGAAGUCACUGUUCCAUCGGAAGCUUCACCGACUGGCGCAAGCGCAGAAAACCAGGGUGUGCAAGCAGUGGAUGAACUUGCUGAUACCGACGACAACAUGGAGUUUUUCGAAGCAAACCAGGAUGGAGAUCCGCUGGACAAUUUUGAGCAGAAGAAUAAUAGAGGAUGGGUUGAUGAUGCCGAAGAUGUCAAGACUGUUGUGUCAGCUCCGACUAUUCCUGAUUCGAAGCCUGCAGAAAAAGAAGACAAACGUUCAAGUGGGGGUUUCUUCAGCUUUUGGAACCGCUCGUCAAACACCUCUGACAACAAGGAGACGCAAAACGAGGGCACCGACAAGAGGCAUUCUUUUUUAGCUAAUGCCGGCACCAUUGGCGCUGGUGUCGGCCUGGCGGGGGCUGCGGCUGCGAUUGCCAGCCACGCCUCGCGUUCGAAUGCCACCCCCAAGAACAAGAAAGAUUCCAGUCCCUCGAAAUCUACGAGCUCACCAUCCCAGGAUGAGCAGAGCUUUGAUCCCGAGAUAAUUGAGCGGGCCAUCAAGCCUGCUAUCGACCCUCAAUUCGGAGACCUACUACCGCUGCCUCCUAGCGUACCAGCCUCUCCGACAACAGAACUUCCCAGCGAGGAUGACCUGCCUCCUCUGCCAAUAAGCCGACCCGAGACUCCUCCCGAGCAAGAGCGGAAAAUGCUCCGGGAAAAAUGGGCCUCACGGCGUCGCAGUCAGCUUGAGACACCCGUUAAGUCUCCAAGCUCUACUGCAGUUCCGAUACAGUUCCGCUUGCGGUCGGGACCUUCAUCUCCUGGUCUCUUCGCCAAGACUCCACCUACGCAAACGCAGCCUGCCAUCUCUUUAGAACCUAGCAGUGCAUCAAGACGGGUAUUGCGGCCAAUGUCUUGGGAUACUACCAGAGAAAUCAAGCCUCUCUAUUUGCCCGAGCAUGUGCGGUCUGGUUCCACGGUUGAGAAUGACUUGCAACUCCCCGAGCUGCCUGAAAGCAGGCCGUCGACUUCGGGAGACGCAGCUGGACCAGAAGACCAAACGUGGGCGGAGAAUGCAUAUGCUGGAAACAAUCCCAAUCCCCUUGGCGUCACAUUAGAUAGCCCACUCCAGCUUAACACUGGGGUUAUCCCGGCUUAUAAUCCAAACGACCCCCUCGAGUCUGGAGAGGUUACCCCCAAAGCAAAGCAGGGCAGGAGGCCCUCAGAUGGGUUAGUAUUAAGCGAUACAGAGACGAGCGACGUGUUCGAAGAUGCGGCCUCCCAAUUCAAUCCAUCGUCGGUGCAAAGCCCCGUGACGGAGACCCACGGUUUGGGGAUAUCAGUCAACGAUGAAUACGACAGGCAACUGGACCAUCCUUUGAUUUCACCUCAAUCUCUGACUAAAGAUGGCGUCCAUGGCAGUUCGGCCUUGUUUGGCGCCACGGGCAUGGGGGCCAUCACUGCCGCGCUGAUGAACCAUGCAGGUAGUCCCGAAAUUGAAGAGCUCAGCAGUGGUAUCGAAGCCUUGGACUUGAAGGACGACAAGACUUUGGGUAAGACUCACACGACCAGUGAGCUGCCAAGUGAGGUUCCUUCAGAAAUCACCCAGGGUGACACGAGUGGAGUCACUGGUGAUGGUUUAUCGCAACCCGAGAAACCAAGCGAGACGCCUACGAAGAAGGGAAAGAAGGCCAAAAAGUCCAAGGGCAAGAAAGCAGCCACGUCAGGAAUAACCAACUCGCCCAUACCUGAGGAGAAAGCUUUUCAGGAAAGCCCUCCAGUCGAGACCUUACAAUCUUCAGACAUAACAGAAAAGACGUCACCGGACACCCUCUCAGCCGUCGCUGACCCCGCCGAUGUCUCCCAAAUUGCAUCAACUUCAUCACAAGAGCAAAGAGCAGAAUCAGGAAUUGUACCUGAGACCGAGCCUGUCUUGCCAGAUUUUAAGGAGAAAGGAACCCAAGACGCAGACAGUACCCUGUUGAAACCCGACGUCCCCGAGCAGAAACAGGAGGAUCUUUCAGCUUUGGAGCCAAUUGUCCUAAAGUCAAUUGCUACGGAACCAACUGCUACGGAGCCAAUUGCUACGGAACUAAUUGUUACGGAACCAACUGUCAUGGAGCCAACUGUCAUGGAGCCAACUCUCAUGGAGCCAACUCUCAUGGAGCCAACUGUCAUGGAGCCAACUGCUACGGAGCCAAUUGUCACGGAACCAACUGUCAGUGAACCAACUGUUACUGAGCCCAGUGUUACGGAGCCAAUUGUCACCUCACAGGAGCCUCCGUCGGAGGCGUUACAGACAGAAAACGCCGAACAAGGCCAAAUUCGCGAUAUUGACGUCAAGACGGAGCCUAUCACCACAGGACAGCCCGAGACGACUGCCAAAGGAAAGAAGAAGAAAAAGAAGGGCAAAAAGGGUCUGGCUGCAGAACCAGAGGAAGUACCACCCUCUAAAGGCACCGACUUGGUUGAAAAGCAAGAAACACAUGGUGAUAAGGUCAAGCCACAAACAGUAUCAUUACCUACACUGGACAAUGGUCAAGGCUCUGGGGACGCUGGUUCACAACAGCCGUUGGCGGUGGACAAUGAAGCGCGUCCGGAUUCAUCCAAUAUCAUGAAGACAGUGGCUGUCCCUCUUGCGGUUACGGCAAGCGUGGCAACUGCGGUGAUGCGGGAAGGUCCAGGAUCCACAGGGGCCUCGCAACCCGCAGACGAAAACGACAAGAUGCGGGACCUCGGGCCGUUGCAGGGUGGUAUAAGCGGUGAACCAAGACUCACCGACACCACUGCUGAACCCGACACUGCGGGCCAACAAACUGUGGGGCCUAGUGGAGAGUCUGGGGAUGUUGCUUCUGGGUCCGAUGCACAGAGCAAAUCAUUGGACGCCACACCGGACGACCACAUCGACACCGCUACUUCACCACCUCAAGAUCCACUGGCCGCCCCAGUACCGAUCCUUGUCUCAGCUGAAGCUGUCGAUGACCACCUCCACGAUGGCGCGACCCCUGCAGCCGGCGAGCUCGGGUCGCAAGCAAGGCGCGAUGCCGAGGAUGGAUUUGGCCUUAUGGAUACGGCCGCGGAAGAUGUUGUGUUGGUUCCGCCAUCACAGCCUGUCGAGACCUCUAGCGAACCUCCUACACAACCAGAAGAGUCAAUGGGUCAGGAGCAAGAGAUACGAUCGGGAAAGAAGAAGGGGAAGAAGGGCAGCAAGAAGAAGCAGGUCAAUCGCGAGCCAUCACCGACGAGAGAGGAGCCAGUCGCAGAGCCGGUCAUAGCAUUGGCAGCAGACGAUGCUGAUAAUGACAAGUUACAUGUCAUUGAUCCUACGAGUGAGCCAAGCACGGAUCCUGCGUCAACGGAGGUUGCUGAUGCCGGGGCAGGUGAGGUUACUGCCGCUGAGGGUCCAGCUGCCGAGGAGAUCUCGAUGCCGGGACCUUCUGGAAGCAAGUCUAAGACGGAUAAGAAAAAGAACAAGUCAGCAAGCUGGGAAUUUCCCGGCGAGGAUUCACCGGCAGACCACCUCAUCGAGAGUGCUAGCGCCACCGUUCCACCUGUAGAUGUGCAUGAAGUCGAUCCAACGUUACCAUCUGAGUUCAUCUCUGACCCCCCGGAGGAAGCCCCGUUGCCGCUGGCUACAACAGAGAAAAAGUCCAAGAAGGAUAAGAAGAAAAAGAAAGGGCUGUUAUUGGAUGAUCAAGCUCUGCCGGCUGAGUCCCCCGCACACUCUCAGGACACUCAAAUACCUGCUGAAGUCACAGAACUCUCGACCACCAUCCAGGAAACUAACGAAGCCCAUAAAGAAGAGGAUUUGCCAUCUGCUCCGGCUUCAUCGUCAGCUACCAAAAAGGGCAAUAAGGGCAAGAAAAAGAAAGCUUCUGUCCAACCUCAUUUGAACGAAAGCCCUGAUGCAGGGAUCUCAGAAGUACCCUCGCAGAACGAGGAGCAGAAGGGAGUCUCUCAAGAUGGACCGGCUGCUGCAACUGAGCCAUCUCAAGAGGCUGAACUUCCACCAGCACAAAGCAUCUCAGAUGCUGCAGAUGACCAAGGCACGCUUGCGCGCGAACUCGAGAUGGACGAAAAGUCAGAGCCCACUCAGCCCACCGAGGUACCGGCCAUGUUAGCAGGCCAGACAGAUGUAUCGCCACCCGUUGAUGAUAACGAGUUCUCAGCUUCACCCGAUGGACAAGUUGGCACGGCUUCUGACGAAAUCCAAAACACGGCAGAAGCUGAAGUACCACCUGCGGAUAUCUCGCAUCAGCUAGCAUCUGAUCAAGACGAGGGCUCGAAGACGACUGAAAACGAAACUCCAGUCACAAAUGAUGGUAGCAGCUCGCCUAAUGCAACUGCAGGCGAACAAGAGAAACCUGGGCCUGAACAAGACCAGGACGGUCAGUUGACCACCUCUCCGCAAGAGCAACCACAACCCAUCGUCGAGCCUCGAGACGAGUCGGCCGCCCCUGUAAAGAAAGGAAAGAAGGGCAAGAAGCAGACUGCGGAAGAUGCGACGGAAACCGACACAUCUACCCCAGUCGACCUGGUAAAAGAUUCUGCGUCCCCAAUCAUUGAGCCGGAAGCCGCCACGUUGGAUGCCAAUGACACCACCGGUGCCCCAAUACCCUCGAUCAAGAAGUCCAAAAAGAGUAAAAAGAAGGAUACCAUUGCGUCCGACAAGCUUUCCGAGGAUAGACAGCCCGAUGAACUUGUAGCGGACGUACCAGCAGAUGUACCAGCAGAUGUACCAGCGGAACCAAACGAUGACGACAAGCCGCCAACCACUACAGAGUCAUCUGAUAAUGCAUUGCCAGCGCCGGCCCCAGAAGUGCUCGUCGACACGGAAUCCGCAAAUGCAUCUCAAGACCCUAGCACCAAUGCCGAGACCCCACCAAACAAGCCAAAUGACAAAUCCUUGAUUGAGGGUGACAACGAGGCUCAUGAACCAGAUUCAGCGGGGAUCUCAGUCGAUAAGAUCAAAGAAUUGCCUGCGCAUGAGGAAAUUCAAGUCCGUGAAAACACUGUCGAUGUUGUCGUGGCGGAGCAGCCUCCCACUACGAAAAAGUCCAAGAAAGACAAGAAGAAAAAGGGAAAUGAAUCAUAUGCGCAAGCUCUGCCAGUUGCAAGCGAGGAACAAAUCUUCCCACCAGUCCAGAAAGAUGGUUCUGGGGAUGCAGAAACCGCCAAAACAGAGACUCCUUUGGAUCAGCCACAACCAAGCGAUACAACCUCAGUUUACGCGCCUGCACUCGUUGAACCUAAGGAGGAGCCUGCCGAUGCCCCGGUGAAAAAGUCAAAGAAGGACAAGAAAAAGAAAAAGUCUGCUUUCGCCGAUGACGACAAAGAGGUGCCCAUAUCGCAAGCUGAACCAUCCGAAAGUCACCCAGCUCCACAGCCCGAGUCGUCAACAACAAAAGACUCUUUGACCAAGGAUCUCGAUGUGCCUACAGAGUCCGCUCCAGACUCCACGCCAGCAGGUGAUCAAGUUACAGAACCUACGUGUUCGCUCCCAGACGCCAAGGGCGAUGUACACACCUCCGCCGCACAAGAUGUUCUUGAAAUCACGGACAAGAACCCUGUUGCAGGCGAAAACUCCGAUGUUGUUUCUGCACUUCCUACAGAUGGUGACUUCAACACAACCACUGCCAAGGAGGGGCUGGACUUGGGCACUUCUGCAGAUGUCCCUGCAGAUGAGUCACCAGAAAAAGCUGUCACGAAGAAGUCAAAAAAGAGCAAGAAACAGAAAAAGCAGGCCCAGGCUUUGGAACUUGAUCCGGAACCGCUAUCGCAAACCGAAGCACCGGAACCGCAGCCUAGUCUUGCUGAAGACCAUCAACCAACUGAAGAAAAAGCUGUGAAUGUUCCGAUUACCACAGAACCGGGAAUUACAGAUUCUGCUACCGCCUCCGGAACACAAGAGGUAACACCAGAGGGCUUUGUGCCUGCGAAAAAGGGCAAGAAAGGCAAGAAAAACAAAGCAGUAGUAUUGGAAGAACCGAUGCAGGAGCCCUCGAGCGAGAUAUUGGGUGCAAGUGACACCUCGGUCAAACAAGACACUAUUCUUUCCCCUGUUGCCGAGCCGGAACCAGUCGGCGCAACCACUCCCGAAGCACAAGUCAACACGGUCGCCGAAGACACCGUUUUGACCAAUGAGACCGCGCUGCCCGACAAAGUCGAACCAGCCUCUGCCGUGCCGGCCAACGAGCCUCCUACGGACGAACCCGCUAUUCAACCACCUGUAGGAGACAGUUCAGAAAUUCCCAUGCCAGACUCGCAAGACACGACCGCACCAGACACCAAGGCAUCGGAAGAAUCCGUGCUCGUUGUUGGUAAAAAGUCCAAGAAAGACAAAAAGAAGAAAAAGCAGGCUGCCGAGGAGCAGAAGGAGGAGGCUCAAAAGGAGGCUCAAAAGGAUGCUGCUACUUCCGAGCUGAUUGCCGAACCCAACUUGGCUCAGGAAGCUGACCCUCUCCAGGUGUCUGAGGUUGUGCCCCUAGAGACGGCCGCAGAACCUAGCUUGGCACAAGAAGUUGAUUCCUCCCAAGUAGUUGAAGCUGUGCCUACAGAAACAGUUGCCGACACUACAGAAAAAGAACCCAAAAAGAAGUCCAAGAAAGACAAGAAAAAAAAGGGCUCGGUAGUAGUAUCUGAUGAGACUCCAUUGGACCAGCCUGUGCCACCUCCAUUGUCAGAUGCCGAUCAGAGCAUCAGUCAAGUUGCAGGCAUAGACAAUGUUGCAGAGGCUACCCCGGAACCUGCGGCCGACAAGGAAUCAGAACCUACUAAGAAGUCCAAAAAAGAGAAGCGAAAAUCCAACCGAGAUGAACCCGCUCAGAGCACAUCUCCAGAUGUCUCUGAAUCAAAGGACUUCGAUCAAAUCACCACUACGAACGGUCUGGAAGAAAGCAACCGAACCGAUACUUUGCCCCAGGAUGUCAUAGAUCCGGUACUGGCUUUAGAGGCGCCCGAACAAGACCAAGAGGGCCAAACUGAGCAACCGGAAUCAAAUAUCGAGCCUUCGACACGCGACGAAUCUAUCGACAAGACCAUAGAGAAAGAGCCUGCAGUGGCAAGCGAGGCUGUUGAAAGCUCCGGUACAAGCGAUGGUUUGAAAGGAGCGCUGGCAGCAGUAGGUGUAGGCGCCGCGCUCGGUUCAGCGGCUACGGCCUUGAUGUCUCCCAGUCCUCCUCCUGAAGAGUCCCAGGUCUCAACGAAGAAGCCAAAGAAAGACAAGAAGCGUAAAGAUGCGAAGCUCGCGGGCUUGGAUGCUGAACCUGAACUUCCUGCUAUCCCUUUUGAUGACGCUAUGACUGCGCGCCAGCUUGACUCAGAAAAGCCAGAUGAGCCCUUUUCAGAACUCACGACAGACUCAAAGCCCACCGGUGCCUUGACCCCGGAUGACGGCGGGGAGUCCACAACCACAGCUACUCCUAAGGAGAGUGAUGAGAAGCCGACAGAACCUGAAGCCACUACAGAGGCUCCGCAGCCAAUCCAAGCGGCUGUUGCUCAAGAAGAAGAAUUUCCGGAAGUGACAGGCAAAAAGUCCAAAAAAGACAAGAAGAAGAAGAACGCCAAAGCAUCUGUGCCUGAGAUUACAGUGGAACCUUCUAGUGCAGCAGACGCAGAAACAAGCAUUCACCCGCCGUCAGAUGAUGUGGGUAUUUCUCUUGGCGAAAACAGCGAUCAGAAGGCCAGCCCUAAAGAAGAAACCGAAGCCGACAAGGACAAAGAGGCCAAGACAAAGUCUAAGGCUGAUGAUAUCGACGCCAAUGUUACGCCUGAGAACGACAGCCCAAAUACCGCGACACAAGACAAUAUUACAUCCACGCCUAAGGAGAAUGCCGAAGCAAUGGGAAAUGAAGACGCAAAAGAAACGGCACAACCUGAGGCAGGGAUCGAGGACUGGGGUAUUUCAAGCAAGAAGUCCAAGAAGGACAAGAAAAAGAAGAGCAGCAAGGUCGCUGAGCCUCAGCCAGAGCUGUCUAUCCUGAGAGCUGUAGCCGCGGCUGAGUCAGAUGUUAAACCGGUCCUUGUGGAAGAGAAUCCGGUUGCCUCUCCAACCACUGGACCCGAUCCUGAGCCCGAGCAGCACAAGACUGUUGAGGUUGAUGAAACUGAUAUGUGGGGCGUCACAUCUAAGAAAUCGAAGAAGGACAAGAAGAAAAAGAAAGGCAGCCCCAUCCUUGACUUGGAGGCGCCAGUGGCCUCACCGACUUCUGCAACCCCACCUUUGGAGGACGCCCAACUUGCCAGCGUCACUGAUGGGGAUGAUGUGACCGCGGCUGAAGUUGCCCCUGCUACAGAGUCUGUUGAUCGAAAACCUGGCUUGGGAGGACCCACGGAAGAGCAGAAAGAAUCGGUCCCAGAGCCAGAACCUGAGGCAGCACCGACUGCAGAUGUUACCUCCCCGCCAGCUGCCAGCGAUGCUGGAGUUGAGAAUCUUGCAUCGGCACCUGAGGCGACGGAGCAAGUAUCGGCCGAGCCACCUGUGACGGAGCCCAAUGCCGAUACACAAACUCAAGAACUUGACGAGGUGGCUUUGCCAGCUAUGAAGUCCAAGAAGGACAAGAAGAAGAAGAAGAAGAAGGGACAGGAUCAGCCUACCGUUGAGGCAGUAUCGGAGAAUACUGCGCUUGGCGCAGACACUGUCGAGGAGGCGAUGGACACCGUGCCACCAUUGACAUCUCCAGACCCUAGCGCGGCACAGCCUGAAACGAAGUCAAAAGAGGAACCGAUCGAGACGGACAAGCCCGUUGAAGCCUCUCUGCCGGGACAAGAUGAGAGCACCCCUCUGCCAGAGACCAGUGAACCGACUGUCGUCUUGCAAUUGAAAGAAGACGCCCCGCAGCAAAUUGUCUCCUCGGAGCCUAUUCCUGAGCCAGUUAUAUCUGAAGAGCAGGACCCCAAAGAUGCCGAACCGGAUGGAGCCGAUGAGGUCCCCGAAGUCGUGACCAAAAAGAGCAAAAAGUCAAAGAAGAAAAAGGGUGCGAACGUGACAGAUUUAGAUUCGGCCUCAGGUCCUCUCACUGCGACCCAAGAUGCUAACGUCGUUGAGCAGCCCGAGGGGUCUGAUAGCAAAACGCCAAUUGAUCAUCCGUCGACUUUCGCCCAAAGCACAAAUGAAGAGACUGCUGAAGUCGCCCCCUCCCCGUCCACUGCAGAACAGUCUUCGAAAGAUUCCAAGAAGUCCCAGAAAGCGGCGUCCAUUCCCCUGACAGACAUGGAAAAGUCGAGUCAAGAAGUCACCGAGGCAUCUACUGCGAACACAACGACGGAAGAUGGUCCUAUGGAGAAUUUGGAGGAUGCUUCAAAGUCGAUGGAGAUCGUGCCUUCAAGUCGAGCCGAUAUGAUAAAGGACGAAUACUUUGACAGGAAAACUGAUGAUGGCAUCGAGCAAUCCUUGCCAGGCUCUUCUGGGGAUUUUGAGAUUCAUCCUGCAGUCGCAAGCGUGUUGGGUCCCCAGAGCAACGAGGUCGAGCAGCCCAUACCUACUUCAGCUCCACCAGGAUUGUUCUUGAUGACCCGGGAGGGCUCAGACGUGUUUCUAAAGGAUGGCCAUAUACCAAGGCUUCUCACUCAGUCAACCGACAGUCCCUUGACAAGCCCACAAGCACUAGAGAGUAGCGAAGAUAAGCACACGCCUUCAAUAUCCAGCAUAGGUAUCGAAGGCGCAGAUUCGAAGUCACAGCACGAGAGGUCGCCGAGUGGGAUGAUAUCCAAAUCACUGCCAGUGGCCGACGAGGGCAACAGUUCCUCAACCCCUCAUGUCAAAGAAUCACCUGCGGCAGAGUCCGUCACAAAAGAUGACGUGGUGAAAGCAUCAGUCGCAAGCGCAGUGGUUGGUGGCGUUGCAGCGGCUUUGGUAAGCAAGGUUGGAGCUUCGAGCAAAAAGUCGAAGAAAAAAAAGAAGACCCCCGACAAGAGAACACAACAGGGCGAUGACUUGUUCGACGACCCAUCCUUGUGGGAAGGUACAGACAGGAAGCUGUUGGAAGGCUUGAGGGGCGAUCUCGACUCUGGGGGUUUUUGGGAAGUCCCUGACAGCAAGACGGAUGAGAUCGGAGCAGCGGAGCGGUCGGGAAUGCGGCUGAGUAUCAGUGAUCAGAAAGCCGUCUCGGGCAUGGAAGACGGUGGAAAUGAGGAUACGGGUCGCCUAGACAAGUUGAAAGAAGCCGACAAUGACGCCCAUGACGUUUGGGGCACAGAUGUCGGUGCACAGGAAGACACGAGACGGCUGAAACAUUCACCGGGAUCGGAUGCACUAAACAUCGACACAGGAUCGGAUCCCAGAACUUCCGAGCAGAGCAUCAUAUCAACAGAUGAGAACGGAAAAGGCGGAGGGAUUGCUCUACGGAAGGAGUUGAUUGAUAGCCCAAUGAUGGAGGAAAGCCCGAUCCUGGGUCGUGGAACAAAUUGGAAGCAAGCACAAGAGAAAGAGGACUACUCGGCUGAUCCUACGCCCAAAGCGACACCAGCGGCUUUUGAGGGGCAGGUUUUCUCACCGCCGGCCUCUUCAAACGAUGUACCGGCCGUGGCUCAAUCACAUGAGGCGGGAAACGAGGAUGAAAGGUUGGGUUCUAGCCUGCAGGCGCGUUCCCUUGAAGAACCGGAAACCAGUAUGCCAUCCCCACGGUCGCCUCUGGAAUGGGAUUCUGAUAAGGAAGGCGCAGACUCAGCCUACUUAUACCAAGGCUCUGAUGCUGGUGUAUCACCCUCAAGAACGCUCCCGCCGGUACAGGAAGAGGAGGACGAAGGGGAAGUGUUGGCGGCGGGCAGACGUGCAUCUCUAGACAAAAUAAACAGUGACAGCGGGUACUCGGUAGCAGAACCGCCGCUUGAAGUAGCCAGACGGCGUCCGCGCCUGGGGCGACCUGAGGUCAGCCCACAGAGGGACAGCGGCGUGCACCUGCGCGACUGGCCCGAUAGCGACGGGUCGCGCCUAAGCCCAUCUCCGACGCCUAGAGGGGGGCCGUCUUACCGAAACAAAGACAACAAGACGGUGAAGACGCCGAAUAAGGAUUUUUCAAGCAGUGACAAGGGCACCAAGUUCGAGUCUUCGCCGCCGGCUGAGGGCCGUACCAGCCGCGCACUAUUCAACCCCGGCACGCCCAAGCUUGGCGAGCCGGAGCCACAGGCGCAGACACCAGAUCCCAGCAAGAGGAAGACACUAAGCGGCAGCAGCAAAAAGCGAGCCACUUAUCAAGAGCUGGGGUCGGCAGCAAUCCCGCCAGCAAUCCUCCCUGCAUCGGCGGCGCCAUCAAGUCCAACUGAGCCAUCAUCAUUAUCAUCGCGAAGACAGGGAUACUCGCCCGCGGCGGUGGAGAGAUCAUUAAGCUACAGCCACGAUCAGGGCAUGCCGCGACAUGUAUCCAACAUGAGCGCCACACGUCUGCGCGCCACACGAGAGCCACUCAACUUCAGGCCUGACAGCCCAGGCAACAGCAGUAUCCGCUCAUACACAAGCACACCCCCGCUUCGGCGGGCCGAUAGGCGCGUUAGCGGCGAUUUACGGUCGCUGAGCCAACGAAGCAGCGUCAUUGGCCAAACUCAGGACAAGCAAAAAGACAAGGAUCAGCGCAGUAGUGGGGCAGCAGCCGCAGCAGCUGUUGUAGGCGGUGUCGGUGUCACUGCUGCUGCUGCUACUGCCUCGAGAAAUAAUCAUCAUGAUGGUGCUGCACAAAGCUCCACACACGACACCACUCCCGUCGCCAACGAAGGCCGUGUCCGCGCCAAGGACAUGACCGACGUCUACGAUGGCUACGGCGAGGGCCGCAUCGGCUCACCGCGCUCCCCCACGCGGCCCCAUAGCAUGCGUCGGCGACAGAGCAUGCAAGUUCUCGAGUUAGAGAGCAGAGUCGAUCAAUUACUGGCCGAAAACCGCGCGCUGAGCGAGGCCCGAACAAAGGCAGAACAAUCGCUCUCUCAAAGGACGUCGAGCCUCAUCGCCGACCGUGACGAUCAAAUAGAUGCCCUCAAGCGAUCCGUUGAAUUUCUCAAUCAAGAGCUCUCUCGCCUCACCGAAGUCAAUGAAGGCCUCCACAGCGCCAUAUCUCAAACAGCCGUUCAGCACGAUGACCGCUAUCGCCAGCUCCAGUCACAACAUGACAGCACCAAGCGCGAGUUGGAGCAGACCCGAAGCGUCAGCGGAGCCAGCGCCGGUGCCACACAGGCUCUCCUGGCCGAAAAGGACGCCGAAAUAUCCAGGCUGCGUGCCGAACUCGAGUCCACCAAGGAGCGUGUGCGUGAGCUCCAACGUCAGAAGCUAGCCGACAGACCUGCCAAUGGCGACUUCCUCACUGCGCGCGACAUUGAUUACUUCGACCACCGCUGUCAGGCCCUUUGCUCCCACGUACAGCAGUGGGUUCUGCGCUUUUCCAAGUUCUCUGACAUGCGUGCCUGUCGUCUGACCAACGAAAUCAAUGACGAGAAGAUCAUUGACCGCCUCGACAAUGCCCUUCUUGAUGGCUCCGACGUCGACCACUAUCUGCGCGACCGUGUUAAGCGUCGUGACGUCUUCAUGUCCAUGACAAUGUCUAUGAUAUGGGAGUUUGUCUUUACUCGUUACCUUUUCGGAAUGGACCGGGAGCAACGUCAGAAGCUCAAAUCUCUCGAGAAGCUACUCCUCGAGGUUGGCCCGCCCCAGGCCGUUCGUCAGUGGCGUGCCAUCACCCUGACCCUCCUGUCACGCCGGGCCUCCUUCCGUGAGCAGAAGGAACAGGAUACCGAGGCUGUGGUACAGGCCGUACUGCAGACCCUCUCCAUGAUCCUCCCGCCGCCGUCCAACCUGGAGGACCAGAUUCAGUCACAACUUCGCCGCGUCGUGCGGGAAGCAGUUGACCUGUCCGUGGAAAUGCGUACCCAACGCGCCGAGUAUGUCAUGCUACCACCCCUACAGCCCGAGUACGACGCAAACGGCGACUUGGCCGCCACCGUUACUUUCAACGCGGCCAUGAUGAACGAGCGCUCGUCUCCCAACAACCCACCAAACUACAAUGAGGAGCUUCAAGCCGAGGGUGCCACCGUUCGCAUCGUGCUCUUCCCCCUCGUUGUCAAGAAGGGCGAUGACAAUGGCGUUGGUGAUGACGAAAUCGUCGUCCAUCCCGCCCAGGUCCUCGUCCCCAAGUCGUCGAGCUUAGGCAGGCGCGGACGCAUGACCACGCCGAGCUCCGACGCCGGAGGCGUAAGCCUCUUGAUGUCCCGCGGCGGCGACACAGCCAGCAGGAGCAACAUUAGCAUGCAGGACGUCGGCAACAACCAGAGCGCCAUUUAGGGAUUCUCUGCAUUGAAAUUGUAUCAGAUCUGGGCUUGUAAAUGCAUAGCGGCAAGCUUUAUUUUACUUUAUUUUCUAUCAUGAGGUACAGAUGAGAAGGAGUGGAGGAAUAAAAAAUGCAGUUGUUUCUUUUUUUUUGGUGUUCUAGUUUCGCACUGAAGCUUGUGGCUUGAGGUAUGGAUAUCUUUUGGGCGUCAGGCGUAUUAUGCUUUUGCUUUUCCUUGCCAUUUCUUGUUUAUUUUCUCUUCGUUAUCAUGUGUGACGACUUUUUUCUUCUUCCUAGUACAACAAACAGAUCUUAAGUAUCUAAUACAAAUCCACUUGACAUUCUCUUUUUCUCAAAAUCAUAAGGCUUGGAUCUCGAGUUUGUUCGUGACCAUUGGAGCUCGGUAUCAAUGAAGUUGAUUUCCAAAUCCGAUUAUAUCUGCACCCUGAUGCACGAUAUCGUUCCGUC